AUGGGCCUGCAAAUACUCAAGAGGGUAAUCCAAAAGCAAGGGGCCCGGACAUCGACCGUUGUCCGUUGUCUGGCUACACCCUCCUCUUCGAAGGGCGAAUUUACACGGACGCUUUCCGACGGUCCUUCGCUCGACGAUUUCAUCGCUGAAAACGUACCCGAAAAAGUCGUUCUAGGCAAUACCAAUGCACCGCGUCUGCCGUCCUUCCUGAAGACAACCAUACCAAAGGGUACAUCGUAUUCCAAUAUCAAGAAAGACCUACGUGGAUUAGGUUUACACACAGUAUGCGAGGAAGCUCGGUGUCCCAAUAUUGGUGACUGUUGGGGCGGUAAGGAGGGUGCCUCGGAGGAAGAGGGAAGGCGAGCGGCAACUGCUACCAUUAUGCUUAUGGGUGAUACGUGCACCAGAGGGUGUCGGUUUUGCUCGGUGAAGACCUCGAGAGCUCCACCUCCGUUAGACCCACACGAACCGGAAAACACAGCUGAGGCAAUAAGUCGUUGGGGACUCGGUUAUAUUGUCUUAACAAGCGUUGACAGAGAUGACCUGGCAGAUGGCGGUGCCCACCACUUCGCAGAAACUAUACGAAAGAUCAAACAAAAGGCUCCACAAAUCUUAGUAGAAGCAUUGACUGGUGACUUCGGAGGGUCGUUACCAAUGGUAUCCGUAGUUGCAAAGUCCGGGUUGGACGUAUAUGCCCACAACAUCGAGACUGUUGAAGCUCUCACUCCAUUCGUACGAGACCGAAGAGCAACGUUUAGACAGAGCCUCAAGGUCCUUGAACAUGCUAAAGCGGAGGGUGUGCGUGUAACGAAGACAAGUAUCAUGCUCGGAGUAGGCGAGAACGAAGAACAAAUCAUGCAUGCUUUACGUGAACUACGGAAAAUCGACGUAGAUGUCGUGACUUUUGGACAAUAUAUGCGACCAACGAAACGACACAUGAAAGUCGACCGAUACGUCGAGCCCGCUGAAUUCGACCACUGGAAAGAGGUCGCGGAGAACAUGGGCUUCCUGUAUGUUGCAAGUGGACCGCUUGUCCGAAGCAGUUACAAGGCAGGGGAAUUCUACAUCGAGAACGUUUUGCGAGGGAAGGGCACGGAGAAACGAGCAAAGAAGCUUCUUGCGUCAGAAGAGUCGGCAUCGACUUUGGAUAAAGCGACGUCCUAG